CCUCGUGUGAUCAGCGUAACGAUAGGCUGCAAACAACAAGAUAGUCUUGCCCUCUACCUUUGACGUCAUUAAGGAACGCCCACUUUUGAGAAUUUACUUGAAAAAUGUGGCACACGGUAAAGACCCUAAAAGCACACAAUGGAUACGUGUAUGCAUUAAUAGCGAAGGCUGCCAGGUAUUCGGUGUCAGCGGCUCUCCGAAGACAGAGCGCUGCGUUGGUCUACGAGAGCCAUGGAGACCCGAUGCAAGUUCUUAAGCUUCAGAAACAAAAACUUCCUGCUUUGGGAGAUUCGGAGGUGUUGAUAAAAAUGCUGGCAGCCCCAAUCAACCCAUCUGAUAUCAACAUGGUGCAAGGAACAUAUGCUAUACUGCCAGAGCUCCCAGCAGUAGGAGGAAAUGAGGGAGUAGGGCAAGUCUUAGAAGUUGGUGGUCAUGUGACUUCCUUAAGACCAGGUGAUUGGGUAAUACCAAGAGAUGCAGAACUCGGUACAUGGAGAAAAGAGUUAGUUUUAAAAGAACACGCCCUUCUUCAGGUUCCCAGUGACAUCCCACUGGCAUGUGCAGCCACACUUAGUGUCAACCCCUGUACUGCCAUCAGAAUGCUGUCUGACUUUGAAAAUCUACAACCAGGUAAUUCAAUGAUACAGAAUGCAGCCAACAGUGGUGUAGGCCAAGCGGUGAUUCAGAUAGCAGCAGCCAGAGGUAUCAAAACCAUUAAUGUUGUUAGAAACAGGCCUAAUUUUCAGACAUUGACAGAAUAUCUGCAGUCAUUAGGUGCUGAUUAUGUGAUAACAGAAGAAUCACUGAGAAAGCCGGAGAUGAAGGAUAUAUUUAAGAAUAUUCCUCGUCCUCGACUAGCACUGAAUUGUGUGGGAGGGAAAAGUGCAACAGAGAUGCUGCGGCAUUUACAGCAUGGUGGAACCAUGGUGACAUACGGGGGGAUGGCAAAACAACCUGUCACAGCACCAGUGGAAGCCAGCCUGCAGUCCCUUGGAAAUGAAGGGCUCUUCCUGUUCUCCUCCUUGGACACCGACAAUGACCUGUUUCUUAGCCCGGAAGAAUUCAAACCUAUUAUUGAAAAACUUACUGGUACCUUACCUCCAGCUGUAUUUGAAGAGGAUGUGAACAUGGAUGAUAGUGGUGAGACGUUCACCAUUGUGUCUAAAUUCCAGCCUCUUCUAAUGGAGACGAUGACUAAAAGUAAAGAUGGCUUCCUUGGGGUAUCAAUCAGUGCCCUCCGUGGACUCCGAGAAUGGACCAGCCCUGCUUUAACUUCCAGUGUUUAUUCUGCCAGUCAGUUCCGCAUCUUUCUGCCCCCUAAAAACAAGCGAGAGGUUGGGGACCCUUGGUGGAUCAUCCCCAGCGAACUCAACAUUUUUACUGGGUACCUUCCCAAUAACCGUUACCAUCCUCCAAUGCCAAGGGGUAAGGAGGUAUUAAUUCACUCUCUGCUCAGCAUGUUCCACCCGCGCCCAUUUAUCAAGACACGCUUUGCUCCUCAGGGCACAGUAGCUUGUAUUCGGGCUAGCAGUGAUUUUUAUUACGACAUUGUUUUCAGAAUUCAUGCAGAAUUUCAGUUGAAUGAUAUUCCUGAUUUCCCCUUCUGGUUCUCUCCCGCCCAGUUCACAGGCCAUAUUGUCUUAGCAAAAGAUUCCACUCAUGUGCGUGAAUUCCGGCUCUUUGUCCCUAAUAACAGGUCGUUGAAUGUUGACAUGGAGUGGCUAUAUGGAGCUAGCGAAAGCAGUAAUAUGGAAGUGGAUAUUGGAUUCCUUCCACAGAUGGAACUGGAGGCCUCCGGCCCAUCAACGCCUUCUGUGAUUCACGAUGAAAAUGGCAAUAUGAUUGACCGUCGGGAUGUUAACAGCGAGCCAAUCCAGUUUGUGUUCGAGGAAAUUGCUUGGCAGUCGGAAAUCGCCAUGGAGGAGGCUUUACGUCACCUAGAGGUCACGAUGUACCCCUUUAAGAAGGUUUCAUACUUUCCAUUUUCUGAAGCCUUUGAAAGGGCUGAGGUGGAGAAGAAGCUAGUGCAUUCCAUUUUAUUGUGGGGGGCUUUAGAUGACCAGUCCUGCUGAGGUUCGGGGCGGACUCUCCGGGAGACAGUCCUGGAAAGUCUGCCCGUUUUAUCUCUGCUCAAUCAGAGCUUCAUCAGCAGCUGGUCAUUAGUCAAAGAGCUGGAAGACCUGAAGGCUGAGAAGGAGAAUGCCAAUUCACAGCGGGCCACCCUACAUUUGGAGAAGUACAACUUCCCUGUGGAAAUGAUGAUCUGCUUGCCAAAUGGAACUGUGGUUCAUCACAUUAAUGCCAAUGACUUCUUAGACCUGACCUCCAUGAAGCCUGAGGAUUCCGUUGAAGGAGGCCUCUUUAGUUUCUCAAAUAGCUUUGAGGACCCUUCUACUUCAUCCUAUGUCAACUUUCUGAAGGAAGGCUUGGAAAAGGCCACAGAAUAUUUAAGUCAUUAGAGAUCUGAGAAGCAGACAGGUACCCUCAAAAGGAUGGAUGUUCUCUACAGACUAUCUUGGAGACCUAGGCACACCAUCAGUCCCAUGCUGUAAAAGCGGUCUAGUCCCUCAGGCAGAAGAACCUGAGCACUGAUUCACUCGUCGUACAUGUGAGAUUUGUUUGCUUGUGUGACGUGUUGAUGAAAAUGGGCAGUUGGGCUGGCGGUGUGUCUGCUUCACAGUAGAAACAGUACUGUAUAAUGUAUGACUGCAAUAUGUAACUGUUUGUAUUUAUAUCUUUUUUUUUUAUACUUAAUUUUUUUUUUUUUUAAAAUGGCUAUAAUGGUAGCCUCCCAGUGGAGCCACUAAAGGCGGUAGGGAGUGGGUAGAUUUUUUCUUUUUUGGACCACUGCUCUCUAUGAAGGCCUUGUCUUCAAACCCUCUUUGGGUGGGAUUGGGUCUGAUGUUGAGCAGCAGUUACACAAAUGUUAAAAGUUUCUCACCUUCUUUCACCUUUAAGAGGCUGCUCAUUGGGUUCCAGUACACCCCUUUUAUUAAGACACACAUUACCCCAUAUUGUGGCUGAAAACAGCUGGAUGGCAUGCUGGCCUGAGGCGCUCUCCUGAUGUUUUCUCCCCAAGAAUGCUUUUCAUGUCCCCUGGGUGGAGAACGGCAGCAAUUCAUCCAGCUGGAACCAAAGGAAUUAAAUACUUUAUUAAUCCCCAAGGGGAAAUUCACAUAAUCCAGCAGCAGCAAACUGAUACAAAAAACCAAUAUUG